AUGGCGCCGUUCCUCGCCUCCAUCCCGACCGGCAAACUGGUACCUGAGCCUCUCACCCCGGCCGGCUUCGCACCAUUCGGCACAGCCAUUUGCUCCCCCAUACCACGAGACCUCAAUGUUCCACCUCAACCUUCAAACCUCCCACCCUUCGAACCAACUCCAGUGCUAGCCAAUCAGAAUUCCGCGCUCAAGUACAGUCCUAUUUCGCCAAUGCUCAAUAAUUACGCGGCCAGUCCGAGCCAAAAGACCGGCUCGACGCGAAUGACGAUGUUUUGCUGUUUCCCUCGCAAGUUGCGAACAAUCACUACGAACCAGAAAUCCGACAAGGAAGUUUUUGAUGUUCGAAUCCUUGAGCGCCACCCAUUCACCAACCAGACAUUCAUUCCAGUCGAUCUCUCAAGCCAUUCAAAGGUCGGGAAUGGCGACGACGAACCUAUAUUCCUUGUUGUUGUUGCGCCGACCCUGAAAGGUCAGACUGCGACAGCUAAAAGCGCGUCAGGCGAGACUAUUACCAUCCGCGAUCCUCCCGAUCUCAAGAAUCUCAAAGCGUUCAUUGCACACGGCGGACAGGCUGUAACAUAUGGGGUUGGAACAUGGCAUGCGCCUAUGGUUGUGUUGGGUCGCCGAAGGGUAGAUUUUGUUGUGGUACAACAUGUCAAUUGUGUGGACGAUGAUGACUGUCAAGAAGUUUCCUUUGGGGAGGGAAUUGUGGUAGACUUGGGCCAAAGUGGACAGCAUGGGCGCAAUAUGAAGGAGUCCCCUAAGCUUUGGUCAGCGAAGUUAUAG